AUGGAAUCCGUUAUACGCCGUUGCGAUUGGAGCAGAUUUGGAUUGAACAUUGACGGUACUCUUCUGAAUCACCUUCGCUUCGCCGAUGACAUUGUGCUUAUUACUAGCUCGCCAGAGGAAGCGUCCGAGAUGUUGGAUCGUUUGGACCAAGAAGGGAGUCAGUACGGUUUGACGAUGAACACAUCAAAAACGAAAGUCAUGCGGAACCGAUUCGCCGGAGGUGCGACCGUAACCUUAAAAGGGAGCCCAAUCGAAGACGUCUUUAAUACAACACCUCUUGUAACUAUCUUAUAUGGACUGUUGGUGCUAUCUGACUUGCCAGCUAGGACACACAAAUCAGACAAAAACCCCGAUGCCAGAGACAAGAGACAAGCUCGACAUUCUAUGCCACCCGAUGCCGCUUGUCCCUAG